AUGAAGACGUCAACUUUCUUGAUAUUCGCUCUACUUUUAUCCACAUUUUGUUGUGAUGAUUCUGCUGAGAAUGUGCAUAUCAGUGGUUCAUUCCGAGUAGCAGCAGAAGGAGAGGUGAUUUCAAAAAGUUCCGGAAUCGAACAAGAGCAUCCAUUCUUCCAAUUGGAAGGUAUGAAGAUCGCGAGAGCCUAUUUGGAUAGACAAUAUGCAAAGGAAAGAGCUCAAAGAGAACAACAGUUUGGAGUUUAA